UGAAACAACUAUUCUUAUUGUCUGUUUUAUCAUUAAUAAAUAGUAACUUCAACUUUAUAUAAAUAUUAUAAUUAAUUGAUUUAAAAUCAAUUUAUCUUAAAAAUAACUCUUAUUUUUAUUGUCAAAAGCAAAAAGUUUUGUGUUUUGUUAUUAACCAUCCCACAUGAUAAAAAUCAUAUGAAAGUGUAAUUACAAAAGAAAACCCAAAUGACUAGCUAAAGUAAAUUCCGAAUAAUUGUGAAAUGAAUUUGUAUUAUUAAUCACCGUUUACUAUCUACUUACCUCGUCGAAGUUUAUAAAGUACUUAUAAAUAAUAAAAAAUGGAAAACCUUAGAAAUAGAGUACGGAAUAGUUCAUUGUUUAGUAAUAAUAACAAGAAAGUUAUUUCUCUAGAUCUAAUAGAUGGUUUGAACCGACUUAGAGAACAAGGAUCGUUCUGUGAUAUUAAGUUGAGAACUGUUGAAGGCGAUGACGUGAUUCUUGCACACAAAAUUGUACUAUGUGCUUGUAGCCCUUACUUCAAUAUAUUGUUCUCAGGUUCAUUUAAGGAGUCAGACCAAUCAGAAUUCUGUGUUAAAGAUGUACCAGCUGACUGUUUAAAGAUUUUAGUUGAUUACAUGUAUACGGGGAUAUUAAAAUUCGAUUCAACAAACGUGGAGAGAGUUCUUUUGGCAGCAUCAUUCUUACAAAUAACAACAGCUGAAGAGGUUUGCAGUGCGUUCUUGGCAAAUAAUUUAGUUUUGGACAAUUGCAUUCAAUAUAUUGUGUUUGCUGGUAAACAUUCCAUUAAGACGUUGCGUGUGAAAGCAAUUGAAAUGGCUGUCAUAAAUUUUCAAAGUAUUUUCCCAAAAGAUGAAUAUCUUGAAAUUGACUUUGAUGAGUUCAGAAUUUUGCUACAAAGACUUAAACUAAGUGGAUAUACUGAGGACGCUAUUUACUCAUUCCUAAUGCGUUGGAUUCAUCAUUCAUAUGAAAGCCGAGUUGAAUUUCUUCAGGAUCUUUUAAGUUACCUCAAUCCUCAUCAUAUAUCUACCGAAUUACUUCAAUCUAAAAGAAUCUCAACACGUACUGUUCCUUUCUUAGACCAUUGGGCUGCGCCUGCCACUUCUGUCAAUUUAAAUGAGUCACAAAUACAGAUAUUGCUUACGAGAAGAAUAAGUGAUUUCGCACCUAGAACGGUAAAAUUUUUUACCCAAAACGAUCAAUACGAAAUCCAGUCAUUGCCUGAAGAAACUUAUGAUGGUAGCUACGUUUGUUUUGGUUAUAAUAUUUUUCAUCUUGGCGGAUGGAGAAAUAAAAAACUUAUCACCGAUGCAACGUAUACGUUCCAACAGAAAAAACAUGUAUGGAAUCCAUUUGUUCCAUUGUUGAAGUCAAGAGCUUAUCAUAGGAGUGGUGUGUUAGAUGGAACUAUUUAUACUAUUGGUGGAUCCGAUGGACUGAAAGCAUUACCCCAUGUGGAGUACUUAGAUUUACACACAGGAAAGCGUGGUUGGUGUGAAGAACUACCUCAAGCUAAAGAACAAAUGGGACUUGCAUUUCAUGAAAAUGUAAUUUACACAAUUGGGGGAAAAAAUAGGGCGGUAAACUUAAAGUGUGUUCAGCGUUUGGACCCUCGUGUUGGCAAGUGGGAAGUUAUGGAAACAACGUCUUACAAAGCCGGGGCUUCUUCUUGUGCUGUGGUCUAUGAUAACAUAUAUACAACUCAUUCGGAUGCUUUACAACGUUAUGACAUUCGGACGAAUCGGUGGACGUUAAUUCGCACCCAAUACAAUAGGUAUCCUGACCAAGUGUUUUCAGUUGACAACAAACUUUAUGGACUUUUCAAGGACCAUAUAGCGCUGUAUGUGCCUGAACUAGGCAAAUGGUCAGUGUAUCGACAGUUAAACUAUCACCACAAUCACCUUAGUGUUUCAACAAAUCUACGAUACCCAGUUGGGAAUAAUUUCAACGAUAAUAUGGAAGAAAUAGCUGAAAAUCUUGAAAAUGAUAAUGAUAAUGAAAAUGACAAUGACCAUGAAAAUGACGGUGAUGAUGAACAAGACGAAGAAGCUCAACCAUGGUGAACAAUUUUCAAUGCAACAACAAAAAAUAGAAAACCAGUGAUUAUAAUGUUAAUAAUGUGUAUUAUAUUUUUGUGUAUAUUUAUUAUAUUAAAAAAUGUUUUUAAAUUUAUAA